AUGCUCUGCGAGGGAGGUGGCCAUCCCCACUGCUCCUCCUGGUCCUCACUGCUCCUCCUGGUCCCCACUGCUCCUCCUGGUCCUCACUGCUCCUCCUGGUCCCCACUGCUCCUCCUGGUCCCACUGCUCCUCCUGGUCCCCACUGCUCCUCCUGGUCCCCACUGCUCCUCCUGGUCCCCACUGCUCCUCCUGGCCCCACUGCUCCUCCUGGUCCCCACUGCUCCUCCUGGCCCCACUGCUCCUCCUGGUCCUCACUACUCCUCCUGCUCCUCCUGGUCCUCACUGCUCCUCCUGGUCUUCAAUGCUCCUCCUGGUCCUCACUGCUCCUCCUGGUCUUCAAUGCUCCUCCUGGUCCCCACUGCUCCUCCUGGCCCCACUGCUCCUCCUGGUCUUCACUGCUCCUCCUGGUCCCCACUGCUCCUCCUGGUCCUCACUGCUCCUCCUGGUCCUCACUACUCCUCCUGCUCCUCCCUGCUCCUCCUGGUCCUCACUGCUCCUCCUGGUCCUCACUGCUCCUCCUGGUCCUCACUGCUCUUCCUGCUCCUCCUGGUCCUCACUGCUCCUCCUGCCCCUCCUGGUCCUCACUGCUCCUCCUGCUCCUCCUGGUCCUCACUGCUCCUCCUGCCCCUCCUGGUCCUCACUGCUCCUCCUGCUCCUCCUGGUCCUCACUGCUCCUCCUGCUCCUCCUGGUCCCCACUGCUCCUCCUGGUCCUCACUACUCCUCCUGCUCCUCCUGGUCCUCACUGCUCCUCCUGA